AUGCUUUUAACACGCACCUACAACAAUACUACUAAUAACUAUCACUACGGACACUAUAUGCCUCACAAAACAACAUCAAACAAGACAUCCAAUGUGCAAUUAAUGGACCAUCCAAACAUUCCUCCAUACUUGUUGGCAAUGGCCAAGAACAGCCAAAUUGUUCAACACGAGAAGGAAUCUGAAAGAGUCAAUGCAUUCCAAAAGCUUACUAUUCAAACUCCAACAACAACCCUCCAAACCAACUACUCAAGCUCCUCUCUCAAUGUACUUGCUCAAUCACCAUGUAGUCCUUCCUCAAUGCUUGACUCAUCUCCAACACCAAACACCAAGAGUGAUUCCAAAUCUGUCAAGCGUUUCAUUGCUCACUCUCAAACUCACAACUUGAUCCAAAGGAAUGAUCUCGUCUUUAUCAAUAUUGAUGAAGAGUUGUCAAUUCUUAAUAUGAUUGAUCCACUCUUCCACGGAAAGAUUGGUAUCAUUUCUGAGAUUAGAGAAGACGAUUGUGUCAUUGAAGUAGUUGAGAAUAAUCAAAAGAAUAAUGAUGACAAUAUGUGCUUUAUGAACAUGACAGUCAAUCAACCAAUUUCACACAGCUUCCAACCUCAAUCAAUGUUAAGAAAGGAAUUGAACAAGUCUUCUCGUCCUAGUGUGAGACCUUUGAAGAGAAAGAUUGUUGUUCCAAUCUUCUGUUUGUGCUUGGAAGAUGCUGUUCUCAAGGAAAGACUCGCCAAUAACAAUGGAUAUCAAAGGUAA